GAGAAGGCGGCUGCUUUUCGUAAACACAGGUUCGCGUUGCUUCCACGAAGGAAAGUGUAUCGCGACAUUGCCUACAACCCUCCGCAACCAUGACUUCCCGAGACAAAGUGGCUGACCAGCUCAAGGAAUACAAGGCUAACCACAAGAAUCCCGAGAAGCUGACUACGUCCUCGGGCUGUCCCAUUGGCGACAAGACAAACGUCGUUACUGUUGGUCCUCGUGGUCCCCUGCUCCUGCAAGAUGUUGUCUUCCUCGAUGAGAUGGCACACUUUGACAGGGAGAGAAUCCCUGAACGCGUGGUUCAUGCCAAGGGAGCUGGUGCCUUUGGCUACUUCGAGGUAACGCACGACAUUACGAAGUACUGCAAAGCUUCGAUCUUCAGCAAGGUUGGAAAGAAAACUCCAUUAGCUGUCCGGUUCUCAACCGUAGGUGGUGAGAGCGGGUCGGCCGACACUGUCCGUGACCCUCGUGGAUUUGCUGUCAAGUUCUACACCGAUGAUGGCAUCUGGGAUCUCGUGGGAAACAACACCCCGAUUUUCUUCAUCCGUGACCCCUUCUUUUUCCCCAGCUUCAUUCACACGCAGAAGAGGAACCCUGCUACGCACACCAAGGACGCAGACAUGUUCUGGGACUUCAUCAGCCUUCGUCCAGAGACUACCCAUCAAGUGAUGAUCCUCUUCUCAGACAGGGGCAUCCCUGAUGGGUACAGGCACAUGAAUGGCUACAGCUCCCACACAUUUAAGUUGGUCAAUGACAAAAACGAGCCUGUCUACUGCAAGUUUCACUACAAGACUGACCAGGGCAUCAAGAACGUUCCUACUGCUUAUGCUGAGGAACUGGCUGGUCGUGACCCAGACUAUUCCAUCAGAGACUUGUACAAUGCCAUUGCGAAUGGGCAGCACCCGACUUGGACCAUGUACAUUCAAGUGAUGACCUUUGAUCAAGCACGCACCUGGAAGUUCAACCCCUUUGACCUUACCAAGGUAUGGCCUCAUGCCGAUUUCCCACUCAUUAAGGUGGGUAAGUUGGUGCUUGACAGGAACCCCAAGAACUACUUUGCUGAGGUUGAGCAACUAGCAUUCAGCCCAGCAAACUUGGUUCCUGGUAUUGAACCUAGCCCUGACAAGAUGCUUCAAGCAAGACUGUUCGCCUACAGUGACACCCACAGGCACCGACUGGGACCGAACUUCAUGCAGGUCCCUGUGAACUGCCCCUUAAACAAGAGCGCUACUUACCAACGCGAUGGAUUCAGUACUGUCAACAAAAACGAAGAGGGUGCACCCAACUACUUCCCAAACAGCUUCCAUGGUCCGGUGGAUAACCCUAUCUACAAGGAACACAAAGACCAUGCUAGUGGAGAUGUAGACCGCUGGAACAGUUCUGACGAAGACAACUUCACACAGCCUGGGCAUUUCUGGAAGAUGCUGUCUGAAGAAGAGCGUGACCGCCUGACGACAAACAUCGCCACCCAUCUGAAGGACGCCCAGGAGUUUAUCAGGACUCGUGCCACUAACAACUUCUCCAAGUCCCAUCCUGACUGUGGUGGAUCAGUCGCCCUUAAGCUGAACAAGCUCGUACAGCUCUAAGGUCCUGCUGCUGGUUUGAUGCACCUCCCGCACGGGAGUCGAGACCCUUACUAACCCUGUUUAAUCAACCUCACCCACAUCACUAACACCUUAUUGUGAUCUGCUGUGUGUUGUGGUGCGCUUCGUAACUGUAUGGUUUGUGCUAGAGUAACAUACUUCCUUAUCUUAUGAUUUUAAUGUUUGUGUGAAACUUUUGUUAUUGUUGGCCAAAUCUGCACAAUAUUUUGUUUUGUUUCUCUCCCUUUGCUGCCAUUCCAGUCGUCGAGAUUGUAGAACGUCCAGUCCUCUCAACUUGACUCCUGAUUCAGCUUGUGUUACGGAACAAUGAUUACAGGCAUUACUUUUGGCGGUGGAUAGGUUUUUGAAUAAAAGUUUUUUGACUGUA